UAAAACAAGCUGCUGGAAAGCAUGUGGUCCUCGUUUGCCUUCUCCAAGAAGAAUUCCUUUCAUCUGUCAGUUCGUGGUGCGGUGGUUGUUUUCUCAUGGUUUCAUGAUUAUUGUAUUUGCCUUCAGAAAAGUUGUAAAUGAUUUUCUAUUUUUGCAUGUGGUAUUAUGACCUAAAAAACAUGUUCGAUCUGAAGAAGACAGAUUCUCAGAGUAGACAGCCUUAAAAUGUCAGGGGAGAGGAAGAAUAUUUCCAAAUUCAACUUAUUAAUGCCACCUUACUCCCAUGUAAAUGGUUUCCAGCUUCUGAAUGGCUCAUUUGAACAGUUCCUAAUUUGUAAGUAUCCCCUCCCCGCCCAGACAGUAAUGUACAUGUGCUCAGGCUCCCAGACUGGUCCACAAAAGCUAUGAAAUCCUUCAUGUAACCGAAGGAUGAUAUAGAUGUAAUAUCUAAUAAUGUUUCUCUGAGAAAAUCCCUGCUGUGGGAAUAGAACUCCCCACUCCCAGACGUUGGGAAUGGGAACUCCGCCUGGUGAACAGCGGAGGGGAACUUAGGGCAUCACUUCCAACAGAAAACUGUGCCGUCCUGUCCUCCCCCACCCCCCAGUCUGUGUCGAUGCCCUGACUCACCCCCCCCCACCCCCCCAACCCCUCUGUUUGGAUGCACUGUUGUGAACUUGGUGCUCUGCACCGUCCUGUCCUGGGUAUGUCACCCCUAGCUUGAGUGGCCUCGUGCAUCAGCCCAUAAGACAGCACCUGGAACCUGAGGAGAUACUAGAAGUGGAAGAUGAUCUGGAAAAAACGUGGAGUCCCAGCCAAUGUCAGUGCUGAGAAGCCCAGAGGAGGGAGCCUCAGGUCAUCUGUCAGUGAAGGCAUUCGGGCAGUGGAUGAACGGAUGUGUAAGCAAGAGGACAUCAGGAAGAAAAAGAUGUGCGUGUUGAGGCUUAUACAAGUUAUUCGAUCAGUUGAAAAAAUUGAAAAAAUCUUAAAUUCUCAAAGCUCUAAAGAAACAUCUGUACUAGAAGCAAGCAGCCCACUUUUGACUGGACAGAUUUUGGAGAGAAUUGCCACAGAAUUUAACCAGUUACAGUUUCACGCUGUUCAAAGCAAAGGCAUGCCUCUUUUGGACAAAGUAAGACCGCGGAUAGCUGGCAUUACAGCCAUGUUACAGCAGUCACUGGAAGGCCUGCUCUUAGAAGGUCUCCAGACUUCCAACGUUGAUAUAAUACGGCACUGCCUACGGACCUACGCCACAAUUGACAAGACACGGGAUGCCGAGGCCUUAGUCGGUCAAGUUCUAGUGAAACCCUACGUGGAUGAGGUGAUUGUAGAGCAGAUUGUUGAGUCUGAUCCGAACGGCCUUCAGAUCAUGUAUGAUAAGCUCCUGGAGUUUGUUCCUCACCAUUGCCGCCUUCUUCGAGAAGUCACAGGAGGGGCCAUCUCCAGUGAAAAAGGCAACAGUGUUCCUGGAUAUGAUUUUUUGGUGAAUUCUGUCUGGCCGGAAAUAGUACGAGGAUUAGAAGAAAAACUGCCUUCGCUUUUUAAUCCUGGAAAUCCCGAUGCAUUUCACGAGAAAUACACCGUAAGCAUGGAUUUUGUAAGAGCAUUUGAACAGCAGUGUGGAACACAGGCCAGCGUGAGGAGAUUAAGAGCACAUCCCGCCUAUCACAGCUUCAGUAAUAAGUGGAACUUGCCUGUUUAUUUUCAAAUAAGAUUUAGAGAGAUCGCAGGAUCCUUAGAAGCAGCACUUACAGCUGGGUUGGAGGACGCUCCAGCUGGCAGUUCGUUUUGCCUUUUGGCUUCUCACAGAACAUGGAGCAGCCUUCAGAGGUGCUGGUCAGACGAGAUGUUCUUGCCGGUGCUGGCGCAUCGUCUGUGGAGGCUCACACUGCAGAUUUUGGCUCGGUACUCCGUGUUUGUCAGCGAGCUUUUACUCAGGCCCAUCUCUAAUGAAAGUGCCAAGGAUAUGAAAAAGCCUUUGGUAACUGGUGGCAAAGACCCUUCAGUUACCCACGGAAACAGUGAAGACCAAGCAAGUGGCCCCGCGGAAACAAAGCCCGUGGCUUCCAUUUCCAGUACGCAGCUUAUAUAUGUGGUCGCCGACCUGGACAAGCUUCAGGAGCAGCUUCCAGAACUCUUGGAAACAAUCAAGCCAAAACUUGAAAUGAUUGGCUUUAAGAAUUUUUCUUCUAUCUCAGCAGCCCUGGAGGACUCCCAGACGUCUCUGUCCGCCUGUGCUCCUGCCUUGAGUGACAGGAUCAUCCAAGACUUAAGUGAGUCUUGCUUCGGCUACCUGAAGAGUGCCCUAGAGGUCCCCAGGCUCUACCGAAGAACCAAUAAGGAAGUGCCAACCACGGCCUCCUCUUACGUGGACAGUGCCCUGAAGCCAUUUCGCCAGCUUCAGAGUGGGCACAAGGAUAAGCUGAGACAGGCAGUAAUCCGACAAUGGUUAGAAGGCGCCCUCUCUGAGAGCACUCAUAAGUACUACGAAACCGUGUCCGACGUUCUGAACUCGGUGAAGAAAAUGGAGGAGAGCCUGAAGCGGCUGAAACAAGCCAGGAAAACCACUCCCGCCAACCCCAUCGGUCCCGGUGGCGGCAUGAGUGACGACGACAAAAUCAGGCUGCAGCUGGCCUUGGACGUUGAGUACUUGGGAGAGCAGAUACAAAAGAUGGGCCUGGCGACAAAGGACAUAAAGAGCUUCCCGGCCCUCGCCGAGCUGGUUGCCGCCACCAAGGACCAGGCAACGGCAGAGCAGCCGUGAGCAUCUUGGAAGAGCCCGCGGGGUGGGGAAAGCUGGACGUGGAGCCCGAGGGGAAGAAAGUGGCUCUGUCCUCGGGCCCAGUCUCCGCGGCCAAGAAGUGCUUCCACGGCGCCCGGCGUCUCGAGCAACACGCCAGGGCAGCUUCUCUCCGCACACUGGGGUCUCCUUUCGCCCAGGACAGAACACAGAAGCCUUUUUCCGUUGUAUGGAAGAUAGUUUUUAAGACACUUGAAACUUUCUACUCUAGUUUACAGAGCAAAUUAUUUUAUUUUUAUUGUAAAUCUUAGCGCGGAAGAGCUGAUUUCUAAAAUACGACUAAAGUGAAUAUAUACGUAGGACUCUGGAAAGCUGGGCCCGGGCCCCGACCCCGCUGUCGGAAGCGCCCGCCUGCUGGGGGUGGGGGGGCGACCGUGUCGGAUGGCUCCCCCUCCUCCGCCGGGAAAGCCGGUGCGCGCGGUGACGCCUCGUGACGCCCUGAGAGAGGCGGCAAGGGGCGCCCCCUCCGUUCUCCCCCUGGGUGCUCAGCGAGAGUGCUUCUGGUCACGCUGUCCCGGCAGGAGCUGGAACCUGUAGGAAGAUGCAUUUCCUGAAUAAAAAAAGUGUCUGCCAGAA